AUGGCAAUGAAGAUGGAGGGCCGAUGGCAGCCCCGGAGGCUACCUCAAAAGAAGACGCAGUCUCUGACAGUAAGUCAAUCCUCUUUCCUCGAAUAUCGACUAAAUUGGUUCCCAGAUGUCUUUCAAAUCGCGAUCAAAAUUCCUCACAACCCUCGACGAAUCGAGAUCAUGGUAUCGACACAGGAACAAGUUCAAGAUCUACGACAAACAAUCAUGGAGACACCGGGCGCUAUUCAGUACUCAUGCUUCCAUCUUGAGUUCAAAAAGAAGAGGAUCAAUGACUUCAUUGAACUUUCGGAAGUCGACGGGCUUACAGCGAACGCCGAAUUGCUUUUGGUAGAAGAUCCCUACACCGAGAAAGAGGCGCGCAUGCACUUACUGAGGGUGAGAGAGAUAAUUGGUGUUCAACCGGAGAGGGUUGAGGGCCCGUAUGGCAUUGCUGCCGGUUUAUCACUUCAUGACUCCAUCUGCCCUUGGAAGCCGUCGGAAGGUAGCCUACCCACGCAAAAUGGUGCCAACCACUCGAGCUUAGGCGUAGCUGAGAAUGCUCUCGCGGAUUAUAGCUUUGAUGGACUGCCCGAUAUCCAGCAGAUGAGCCAAAGCCCAUGUCAACCUUCGCCUACCACUAUAAAAACACUCAACCUUUCAUCAUGGAAUCCACCCCCACUAUACUUACGCCAAAAGGGCCAUUUGAUUUAUUUGCAGCUUACGACCACCGAAGGUGAACAGCACCAAAUCACGUCACACGUCACAGGGUUCUACGUGAAUAAAUGUUCGAACGGGAAAUUUGACCCAUUCCCACGAUCAGCGCCGAAAAGCGCGUUCGCACACUCUCUUUUGACCCUAUUGUCAAGCCUAUCAACUUCAUUUGAAUUGUCCUUUGCCGGCCUCUUAGAGGCAAACAGCAAGAGAGACCCGCUGGUCAGCUUCCAGCUCACAAAUGCUGUCCCCGCUAGCCCAUGGGUCGUAUCUUCGUCGAUGGCCUUUGGAGAUCGUCAUCCUGACCUAAUAAGAACACAGGAAGCCUUCCUCUUGAGCGGCCCAGACGGCAAUGAAACCUUAAGAGAUUGGAAUGAGGAGUUGCAAUCCACAAGGGAGCUGCCACGAGAGACUGUACAAGAGCGUGUGAUUCGAGAGCGACUGAUCUCAAAGACAUAUGCCGAAUUUACGGAUGCAGCGGUAAAGGGUGCUCUCCUUGUAGCUCGUGGUGAAGUCGCGUCUUUGAAUCCGACUGAGUCAACGGACGCCCAGAUCUUUGUUUACAACAAUGUUUUUUAUUCCUUCGGAGCCGAUGGGGUUGGCACGUUCACUUCUGAAGGUGGAGACGAAGCAGCACGCGUAGCAGUUGGAAAAGAUGUUAUGGGUGUUAAAGCCGUGAAUCAACUAGACAUCAAGAGCUUGUCGACUGCGGGUACAAUAGUCGUUGAUUAUAUUGGGAAACGGAUUGUGGCUCAGAGUAUAGUGCCCGGAAUUUUCAGACAGAGAGAACCAGAUGAGCAUCAGGUCGACUAUGGCGGUGUUGAAGGUCGAGAUGUCGUAGCCGACAACCAGGCAUUUGUUCCUGCUUUCUCACAAGUUUCAAAAGCCUUGAGAAUCAAGUCACAUGCCGUAUGGGAUCGUGAUGGUAAACGGCAUGAUUUGGAAGGCAGUGUCGAAACGAAAGGCCUACUGGGAACGGAUGGCCGGAAAUAUAUUUUAGACUUAUAUCGCCUUACACCAUUAGAUAUCUCGUGGCUGGAAACACAUCAUGUGCAGACCUUCGACAAGAAAUCUAUCUCUGAAAAGGAUUCUUACCCUCAUCGUAUGGCCAUCUUGAGGCCGGAGCUUAUUGAGUCAUACUGGCGGCUCAAAAUGGGUGAAUAUGUAAGAGAGCAGGUCAGUAAGAAGAAGGGUGCGACAGGCUCUCAAACCCAGAGCUCAGACGCUGCAAACCCUGAGACAGCAAUUGCAAAUGACGAUGGGCUGCAAACACCGCCGCAGCUCACGAAUGGACUUCGCGAAAAUCCCCCUGAUUUUGUCAAGGGACAAAUUGCGGAGCUCACACAAGGAGCACUCAAUGGAGCGGCACCCGAGCAUAUAGAUAUAUCAUCGUUUACGCUUGCGUUGAAUCCUGAUGUCUUUUGUGGACAAAUACCGCAAAGUGAGAAAGAAAAGGCUUUAUGGGCGGAGGAUGAGGCAGGUGUGCGUGCUGUCUGUGACUACCUGCAUCAGACAGUGUUCACAGACUUACUUAGCGACCUUCGAGAAGGAGAAGUUGGAUUUCCUAUGGAUGGAUUGUCUCUCAGUCGAUUAUUGCACAAACGCGGGAUCAAUAUUCGCUAUCUUGGAAAGCUUGCCAACAUCGCUGACGACAAUGUUCGUGGCCAUGCUCUUCGGGCACUUGCGGAGCAGGAAAUGAUUGCAAGAGCGUUCAAGCAUGAAAUCCGCCAAUAUCUCAGUGAUGUUCCUGCCAUUUUCACUACAAGUUGUGUAGCGCACCUUUUAAACUGCUUAGUUGGCACACAGCUUAACAGCUCGCCCACCGCAGUCAUCGAUGAAAGCUUGAGGUCGAUGUACCCAAAGAGCAAUUUCAGCUUUCUCGAAGUGACACCCGAGAUUCUGGCUGUUGGGGUCAGAGGGCAGGUUCAUUCUCGUUUCCGCUAUGAUCUCCAAGAGACUUGGAUAGAGCACUUGGAGCAUAUUCAGUUGACACGAUCUAUCGCACUCAAAAUAGGCCUGCAACUCAUAGCGAAAAAAUAUAGAUUCGAACGCGGAAAUACGCCUUCCAUGGGUAAGAACACCGCUACAAGCAAUGGUAAUGAGACAAUGCCUACUACAAAUGGCCCUACGCAGCUGAAUGGUGUCUCUAAGAAGAAGAAGAAGGGUGCUGCUCGGAGGUUGAGUCAAUCUGGCACAACCGCCCCUUCUUUAGAGCAAUCCCGUACUUUCCAUCCUGAUGACAUUGCAAAUAUCGUACCAAUCAUCAAAGACUCGUGUCCAAAGAGUACUUUGGCAGAAGAGGCUCUGGAAGCCGGAAAGCUUUCCAUCAUGCAGAAUCAGAAGGACGUGGGACAGGAACUCUUGCUGGAGUCACUAACACUCCACGAGCAGAUCUAUGGCGUAUUACAUCCGGAAGUAGCUCGCGUUUAUCAUCAGCUAGCUAUGCUCUACUUCCAAUUAGAUGAGAAGGCAGCUGCUAUCGAGCUUGCGCACAAAGCAGUCAUCAUCUCUGAACGCACCUUAGGCAUAGAUUCGAGUGAGACCGUGCUCAGCUAUCUCAAUCUUGCCUUGUUUGAGCAUGGAAAUCGCAACACUGCUGUUGCUAUAGCGUGUGUAAGACACGCACUUGAACUGUGGAGGACAAUAUAUGGCAACAAUCACCCAGACCUUAUGACUACAUUCAACAACGCAGCAGUCAUGCUUCAACAACUCCAGAAGUACAACCAGUCACGGACGUGGUUUGAGAAAUCGCUCAAUCUCAGCGAAGAAAUUGCCGGCAAAUCCUCCGUUAACACAGCCACACUACUCUUCCAGCUCGCACAAGCGCUGGUCCUUGAUGGUGACCAUAAAGGUGCCGUCCAAAGAAUGCGGGAGGCCUACAGUAUCUUUCUAUCAACGUUGGGUGCUGAAGACUCCAACACAAAGGAGUCUGAGAAAUGGCUUGAACAGCUCACGCAGAAUGCAGUUUCGAUGGCUAAGCACGCUAAAGACGUGCAGUCUAAACGAAUUCGAAGAAUACUUUUCAGUCCCAGAGCACCUCAUCUAAACGGCGACCCACAGCCACAGAUAGGGCAAGCUCAAAACGCCCUCACGAAUAGCAACGAGAUCGGGAAUACUUCGCGGCUAGAUCCGCGAAGCAUUGAAGAAUUGAUGAAAUAUAUAGAGGGGGGCGGAGAGGUCUCGAAGACACCCGCCAGAAAGCGCGUAGGACGACUGAAGCCACGACAGACAGGUGGAGCGCGUGUUGGUCCUGGUGCAUAG